GUCCCCGGCGCGGCCCGGCCUGCGCGCUCCUGCACCUCCGCUCCGCUCCGCUCCGCUCCGCUCCGCUCCGCCGCCUCCGCCGUCCCGCGACGCUCGGCCCGCCCGCGCCAUGGCCCGCCCGGCCCCGCCGCUGCCGCUGCUCCUGCCGCUGCUCCUGCUGCUGCCCGCGGCCGGCGGGACGCCCUGCCCCGAGCGCGCGCUGGAGCGGCGCGAGGAGGAGGCGAACGUGGUGCUCACCGGCACGGUGGAGGAGAUCCUCAACGUGGACCCCGUGCAGCACACGUACUCGUGCAAGGUCCGCGUCUGGCGGUACUUGAAGGGCCGCGAAGUGGUGUCUCCGGAGAGCCUGGUGGACGGCGGCAACAAGGUGGUGAUCGGCGGCUUCGGGGACCCCCUCAUCUGCGACAACCAGGUGUCCACCGGGGACACCCGCAUCUUCUUCGUGAAUCCCGCGCCCCCGUCCCUGUGGCCAGCCCGCAAGAACGAGCUGAUGCUGAACUCCAGCCUCAUGCGAAUCACCCUGCGCAACCUGGAGGAGGUCGAGCACUGCGUGGAAGACAAGCCUGGCAGUCACUUCACACCGGCACCUCUGAGCCCUUCGGACGCCUGCCGAGGAAUGCUGUGCGGCUUCGGGGCCGUGUGCGAGCCCAGCGCCGAGAGCCCGGGCCGGGCGUCCUGCGUGUGCAAGAGGAGCGCCUGCCCCGGCGUGGUGGCGCCCGUGUGCGGCUCCGACGCCUCCACCUACAGCAACGAGUGCGAGCUGCUGCGAGCGCAGUGCAGCCAGCAGAGGCGCAUCCGGCUGCUGCGCCGGGGGCCCUGCGGCUCCCGGGAUCCCUGUGCCAACGUCACCUGCAGCUUCGGCAGCACCUGUGCACCCUCCGCGGACGGACAGACAGCCACGUGCCUGUGCCCCACAAGCUGCCGCGGGGCCCCGGAGGACACCGUCUGUGGCAGCGACGGCGCCGACUACCCCGGCGAGUGCCAGCUGCUGCGCCGGGCCUGCUCGAGACAGGAGAACAUCGUCAAAAAAUUCGACGGUCCAUGCGACCCCUGCCAAGGUGUCCUCAAGGACCCCAGCCGCUUCUGCCGCGUGAACCCGCGCUCCAGGCGGCCCGAGAUGCUGCUGCGGCCCGAGAGCUGCCCCUCGCGGCAGGCACCUGUGUGCGGGGACGACGGAGUCACCUACGACAACGGCUGCAUCAUGGACCGCACCGGAGCCGUCCAAGGGCUCCUGCUGCAGAAAGUGCGCUCCGGCCAGUGCCAGCCUAGAGACCAGUGCCCGGAAGCUUGCAAGUUCAACGCCGUGUGCCUGUCUCGCCGAGGCCGCCCCCGCUGCUCCUGCGACCGAGUGACGUGUGAUGGGGCCUACAAGCCCGUGUGCGCCCAGGACGGACACACGUACGACAGCGAGUGCUGGCGCCAGCAGGCCGAGUGCCGGCAGCAGAGAGCCAUCCCUGUCAAGCACCAGGGCCCGUGUGGCCAGCCCCCGUCCCCCUGCCAGGGGGUGCAGUGCCCGUUCGGGGCCACCUGUGCUGUGAAGAAUGGGGAAGCCACGUGUACCUGCCCCCAGGAGUGUUCCGGCGUCUACGACCCUGUGUGUGGCAGCGAUGGCAUCACCUACGGCAGCACCUGCGAACUGGAGAGCACGGCCUGCACCCUGGGGCAGGAGAUCAGCGUGGCCCGCAGAGGGCCCUGUGACCGCUGCGGCCAGUGUCACUUCGGAGCCUUAUGUGAGACGGAGACAGGCCGCUGCGUGUGCCCCUCGGAGUGUGUGGCCAUAGACCAGCCCGUGUGCGGGUCGGACGGGCGCACAUAUGCCAACGAGUGUGAGUUGCACGUCCACGCCUGCACACAGCAGAUCAGCCUCCGGGUGGCCGCAGCUGGACACUGCCAGGCCUGCGGGGACACCGUGUGUGCCUUCGGGGCCGUGUGCUCGGCCGGGCAGUGUGUGUGUCCCCGGUGUGAACGGCCCCCGCCCGGCCCCAUCUGUGGCAGUGACGGCGUCACGUACCAGAGUGCUUGUGAGCUCCGAGAGGCCGCAUGCCAGCAGCAGAAGCACAUCGAGGAGGCCCGAGCAGGGCCUUGCGAGGAGGCUGAAUGCGGCUCAGGAGGCUCCGGCUCCGGGGAGGACGGCCAGUGUGAGCAGGAGCUGUGUGAGCGGCGUGGAGGCGUCUGGGACGAGGACUCUGAGGACGGGCCUUGCGUCUGUGAUUUCAGCUGCCAGGGCACCCCAAAGAGUCCGGUCUGUGGGUCCGACGGCGUCACCUAUGACACUGAGUGUGAGCUAAGGAAGGUCCGGUGUGAGUCUCAGAACGAGCUGGCCGUCGUGGCAACAGGGCCUUGCCAAGGUCCUACCCUGGCCCCACUGCCACAGGCCAUCCCUCCACACUGCGCCCAGAGCCCUUACGGCUGCUGCCCGGACAACCUCACCGCUGCACAGGGAGUGGGCCAGGCCGGCUGCCCUGGCUCCUGCCACUGCAACCCACACGGCUCCUACAGCGGCACCUGUGACCCAGCCACAGGCCAGUGUUCCUGCCGCCCGGGUGUGGGGGGCCUCAAGUGUGACCGCUGUGAGCCUGGCUUCUGGAACUUCCGCGGCAUCGUCACCGACAGCCGGAGUGGCUGCACCCCCUGUCGCUGUGACGCACAGGGCGCAGUGCGAGAUGACUGUGAGCAGAUGACUGGCCUGUGCUCCUGUAAGCCCGGGGUGGCUGGCCCCAAGUGCGGGCAGUGUCCGGACGGCCGCGCCCUGGGUCCUGCUGGCUGUGGGUCAGAUGCCUCCGUGCCCACCACAUGUGCCACCAUACACUGCGAGUUUGGGGCAUCCUGCGUGGAGGAGUCUGGGUCUGCCCACUGCGUGUGCCCGACUCCCACGUGUGUUGGGGCCAAUGCUACCAAGGUCUGUGGGUCAGACGGAGUCACCUACGGGAACGAGUGUCAGCUGAGAACCAUCGCCUGCCGUCAGGGCCUGGACAUCUCCAUCCGGAACCUGGGGCCGUGCCACGAGGCUGUCACUGCUGACACUUCCCCCACAUCAGUGUCUACAAUCACUGCGGGGUCCCUCCCGAGCCAGGCUCUGCAGCCCCCGACGAGUGCCCACCCGGUGGCUCCCAGCAGCAUGCCCUCCAGCCCGCCUACCCCUCGGCCUUCCGCACAACUGUGGACCACAGCCAGCAUCCCCAGGGCCACAGCCAGGCCCGCGCUGACCAUGCCCCCUACGGCGCCCCCAGCGGCAGCCAGCCUUGCCACGUCCGCCUUUGGCGAGUCUGGCAGCGCCGACGGGAGUGGUGAUGAGGAGCUGAGUGGGGACCUGGAGGCCAGCGGGGCUGGCUCAGGGGGACUCGAGCCCCCCGAGGCGGGCCGUGCUGCGACCCCGGGGCUGCCCGUGGAGAGGGCGUCCUGCUACAAUUCGCCUUUGGGCUGCUGCUCAGACGGCAAGACGCCCUCGCUGGAUGCAGAGGGCUCGAACUGUCCUGCCACCAAGGUGUUCCAGGGGGUGCUGGAGCUUGAGGGGGUCGAGGGGCAGGACCUGUUCUACACGCCCGAGAUGGCCGACCCCAAGUCAGAGCUGUUUGGGGAGACGGCCAGGAGCAUCGAGAGUGCUCUCGAGGACCUUUUCCGGAACUCAGAAGUCAAGAAGGACUUCCGGAGUGUCCGCCUGAGGGACCUGGGGCCUGGCCGCUCUGUCAGGGCCAUGGUGGACGUGCACUUCGACCCCACCUCCACGGUGCGGGCCGUGGACGUGACCCGGGCCCUGCUGCGGCAGAUUCAAACGUCCAGGCGCCUGGGGCUGAGGCGGCCCCCACAAGAGCAUGUCCGCUUCAUGGACUUCGAUUGGCUUCCCGCCUUCUUCACUGGAGCCACCACCGGGGCCACCCCCGCCACAGCCACUGCCAGAGCCACCACGGGGGCCCAUCUGCUCACCUCCACUUCGCCCCCUCGGACCCUCUCCCUCAGCCACACAAGCCGGCCUGUCAUCAGGACCACCGGCCCCCUGCACGCACACACGCAGAGGGCCCCCACCACGGCCCCCAGUCGCGGGUUCACUCUCCGACCCCUGACCCCCCGCCCCCAGCAGCCCCCAAGUCCUUGUGACUCCCGCCCCUGCCUCCACGGGGGCACCUGCUGGGCUCAGGGCGCAGGUGGAGACUUCAACUGCAGCUGCCCAGCGGGCAGGAUGGGCACCGUCUGUGAGAAGGCAUUGCACCCUUCGGUGCCAGCCUUUGGGGGCCAUUCCUUCCUGGCCUUCCCCACGCUGCGCGCUUACCACACGCUGCGCCUGGCGCUAGAGUUCCGGGCGCUGGAGCCCCACGGGCUGCUGCUCUACAAUGGCAAUGCCCGUGGCAAGGACUUCCUGGCACUGGCACUUCAGGGCGGCCGUGUGCAGCUCAGGUUCGACACGGGCUCAGGGCCCGCAGUGCUGACCAGCUCGGUGCCUGUGGAGCCUGGUCGGUGGCACCACCUGGAGCUGUCCAGGCACUGGCGCCGCGGCUCACUGUCUGUGGAUGGCGAGAGCCCCGUGGUGGGCCAGAGCCCCAGUGGCACGGACGGCCUCAAUCUGGAUACGGAGCUCUUUGUGGGUGGCUUUCCAGAAGACCAGGCUUCCGUGGUGUCAGAGAGAACCUCGGUGGGUGUCGGCCUGAAGGGCUGCAUCCGCCUGCUGGACGUCAACAACCAGCGGGUCGAGCUGGGCCACUGGCCACAGGCCGCGACUCGGAGCUCCCGUGUGGGCGAGUGCGGAGCCCGGCCCUGCCAGCCCAGUCCCUGCCUGGGCGGGGCUCUGUGCCAGGAGCUGGAGAACGGCAUGUUCCACUGCCAGUGCCCACCGGGCCGCUUCGGCUCUACCUGUGCGGACGAGAAGGACCCCUGUGAGCCGAACCCGUGCCACGGAGGAGCCCCGUGCCGCGUGCUGCCAACAGGGGAGGCCAAGUGCGAGUGUCCCCUGGGACGCAGGGGCCCCCUCUGCCAGACAGUCUUGGAAAGAGAUGCCCCCAUGCCCUUCCUGGCUGACUUUAGCGGCUCCUCCUUCCUGGAGCUGAAAGGCCUGCACACCUUGGACCGAGACUUGGGGGAGAAGAUGGCCCUGGAGGUGGUAUUCCUGGCCCGUCAGCCAAGCGGCCUGUUGCUCUACAACGGGCAGAAGACAGACGGCAAGGGCGACUUCGUGUCCCUGGCACUGCGCAAUCAGCACCUCGAGUUCCGCUACGACCUGGGCAAGGGGGCAGCGGUCAUCAGGAGCACGGAGCCAGUGCCCCUGGGAACGUGGACCAGGGUCUCCUUGGAGCGAAACGGUCGCAAGGGCGCUCUGCGUGUGGGUGACGGCCCCCGAGAGCUGGGCGAGUCCCCGAAAUCCCGCAAGGUCCCCCACACCGUCCUCAACCUGAAGGAGCCGCUCUACGUGGGUGGCGCCCCCGACUUCAGCAAGCUCGCCCGGGCCGCUGCCGUCUCCUCGGGCUUCCACGGUGCCAUCCAGCUGGUGUCCCUGAACGGCCGCCAACUGCUGAGCCAGGAGCAUGUGGUCCAGGCUGUGGACGUCUCGCCCUUCACAGACCACCCUUGUACCCGGGCCGCAGGCCACCCCUGCCUCCACGGGGCCCCCUGUGUGCCCAGGGAGGCUGCCUACGAGUGCCUGUGUCCCGCUGGCUUCUCGGGGCUGCACUGUGAACAGGGACUCCUGGAGAAGGCGGCCGGCGAGCUCGACAGCCUCGCCUUUGACGGGCAGACCUACAUCGAGUACCUCAACGCGGUGACCGAGAGCGGACUGACCAAUGAGAUCCCAGCCCCCGACGCUCCCGGCCGCAGGGCCCCUCACAGCGAGAAGGCGCUGCAGAAAAACCACUUUGAGCUGAGCCUGCGCACAGAGGCCACGCAGGGGCUGGUGCUGUGGAGCGGCAAGGCUACGGAGCGAGCCGAUUACAUCGCACUGGCCAUCGUGGACGGGCGCCUGCAGCUGGCCUACGACCUGGGCUCCCAGCCCGUGGUGCUUCGUUCCACGGUGCCCGUCAACACCAACCGCUGGCUACGGGUCAGGGCACACAGGGAGCAGAGGGAAGGUUCGCUCCAGGUAGGCAAUGAGGCUCCUGUGAUUGGAUUCUCGCCGCUGGGGGCCACGCAGCUGGACACUGACGGGGCCUUAUGGCUGGGGGGCCUGGAGAAGCUGCCCGUGGGCCAGACCCUGCCCAAGGCCUAUGGCACAGGUUUUGUGGGGUGCCUCCGGGACGUGGUGGUGGGUCAGCGGCCGCUGCAGCUAGUGGAGGACGCAGCUGCCCGACCAACACUACACCCCUGUCCAGCGGCCUGAGCCUGCUGCCACCCCAGCCCGCGCUGACCAUUUUCUACUUUUGUAAACACGUUUCUUUCCUCCUAUGAUUUUCUUGCCUGUGUGUUGGCCGGAAUCGCCGCUGGCUUGGCCUCCAGCGUGGCG